AUGACUGCAAGGAGUAAUACUCUGGAAAAUUUAUCGAUUAUUUCUGAUCGAAAUGAAGGAAGACGCAACUCACUCGGAUUAAUCGAUGACUAUAAUAAUGAUUCUCCGAAUGAAACAGGAACCGAUUCUGAGCAAGUUCCAGAAAAAGUGGUGAAGUCUUCGGAUAGCAGUUUAGUUCAGGAUUUGGAAACUAAUUUAAGGAAAAGAGAUAAGACCAGCAAACCAUUGACUGUGGUGAAUCUGGAUUCUGAUUUAGACUCUAGACCUCUACUGGAUCUGGAAGAGAUUCCGGCUACUGAUUCUGAUCAUAAACAAAUUUUCAAAAAAUUCAAAGAAUUAAAGAAUUACAAUUUGUCAAGACUUAAUAAAAGACCAAAAGAUGGCGAAGACGAUAAAUACAAGUCAAGAUUUGGUGAUAUCAAGUUUUAUAUUCAUUCCACAACUAUAUUUGAUGCACCUUAUUUUAAAAAAUCUCAAUUCUUUGGAUGUUAUGUUUUAUUUUGGUUGGGUACCGCCUUUUUAAUGUUUAAUAGUUUAAUCCAUUCAUAUUUUGAACAUUCAGAAUGGAUUUUCAAUUCCCCCAUCAUUAAUAUCAUGAAAAAAGAUUUAUUUAAAGUUGGAUUGACGGAUUUGGCAAUGUACUUGACAACUUAUGUAUCAUUUUUCAUUCAGUACAUGUGUUUGAAAGGAUGGAUAUCUUGGGCUUCUACUGGUUCCACAAUUCAAUUGAUUUAUGAUUUUUUCCAUUUGCUGUUUUGGUUGGUUUUCGCUUCGGAUCAUGUAAUGGGGUUCCCCUGGAUUGCCAAAGUUUUCUUGGUUUUACAUAAUUUUGUUUUUCUAAUGAAAAUGCAUUCGUAUGGCUUUUACAAUGGUUAUCUCUGGAGUGUUUUGGAAGAGUUGAAAGAAUCAGAAAGGCUCUUGAAAAAAAUCGAUUCAGGAAAAUCUAUAGUUCCCCAAGGUAUGGAUAAAGAUCAUGCCAGAAAAAUUUUAAUCGAUAGUAUUACUUUUUGCAAAUUUGAAUUGGAAUAUCAAUCUCUGGCAACUAGUUUAUCAACUGAUGUAACGGUUGAUCCUAAAGAUAUCGAUGAAAAUAUUGAAGAUUUACAAAAAAAAUCCAUUGUGAAAUUUCCUGGAAAUAUUAACUUAUUCAAUUAUUUUGAAUAUACCAUGUUUCCUACCGUUGUUUACACUCUUAAUUUUCCGAGAACUCCUAGGAUUAGACGCCGCUAUUUAUUUGAGAAAAUCGUGGGUACUUUUGGUAUUAUCUUCCUUAUGAUCUUGGUUGCUCAAAAUUCUUUAUAUCCUUUGGUUAUAAAAGCUUUAAAUGCCCGUACUUUACCUCUUGAUGGGAAAAUAAAGGCUUAUCUUUUUAUUUUAUUAGAUAUGAUUCCUCCAUUCUUAUUAAUUUACUUAUUGACUUUCUUUUUAAUUUGGGAUGCAAUCUUGAAUUCAAUUGCAGAACUAAGCAGGUUCGCCGACCGUGACUUCUAUGGGCCUUGGUGGUCCUGUACCGACUGGUCGGAAUAUGCAAGAAUUUGGAAUAGACCAGUUCAUAAGUUUUUGCUUAGACAUGUUUAUCAUUCUUCAAUCAGUGCAUUUUCAAUGAACAAAUUAUCAGCUACAAUGUUCACUUUUAUCUUAUCGAGUUUGGUUCACGAAUUGGUUAUGUUUGUAAUCUUUGGAAAAUUAAGAGGUUACCUUUUAGUAUUACAAAUGUCCCAAAUUCCUUUGGUUAUGAUAAGUAGAACCAAGUACUUGAAAGAUAAAAAAGUCUUAGGAAACGUAAUCUGCUGGUUCGGCUUCAUUAGUGGCCCUAGUAUGUUGUGUACCUUGUAUUUGAUUUUCUAA